ACAGCUGGUGCUUCUGCACAAAGCAAGUCUCUCCUACCACGUGUUGCUGCUAAACUUGAUGUUGCACCAAUUAGUGAUAUCAUUGAGGUGAAAGCUCCGGAUACUUUUGUCCGUUCCAUUUAUGCUGGUAAUGCACUUAUAACGCUCAGGAGUAAGGAUCCAGUUAAGGUGAUUACAGUGAGAGGGACCAACUUUGAAGCAGCCAGUACUGAGGGUGGAAAUGCUAAUACUGAGGAUGUGGUUGUGACUGAUAUGGCUGUUGGUUUGUCAGAGUUCAUUAGCCAGGAAUUAUCAAAGUCUGACCGUCCAGAAUUGACUGCUGCCAAGACUGUCAUCAGUGGAGGUCGAGGCAUGAAGAGUGGAGAGAAUUUCCAAUUAUUGUACACACUUGCUGAUAAGCUCAAUGCUGCUGUUGGAGCAUCCAGGGCAGCAGUUGAUGCAGGCUUUGUUCCUAAUGAUAUGCAGGUUGGUCAGACUGGAAAAAUUGUGGCACCAGAACUGUAUAUAGCUGUAGGCAUCAGUGGAGCCAUUCAACACUUGGCUGGCAUGAAGGACUCCAAAACAAUUGUGGCCAUUAAUAAAGAUCCUGAGGCUCCUAUUUUUCAGGUUGCUGACUUUGGACUUGUGGCAGACCUAUUUAAAGCUGUGCCAGAAAUGAUAGAGAAACUGUAAUCAUAAUGCAGAUGUAAGAAAACCUCUUCAAAUUUUUUUUUCAUUUGAACAUCCAGUACAGCGAUGGCAUGCUUUCUAUUUAAAUAAUUAUACAAUUUAAUAUUUACUAUUAAGUGCAUUCCUGGCAGUCAUCAGAUAAAGUAUUCAAAAUUUCUUUCCAUUUUGCAAACUGUUGUUGCCCUAAAAUAUUUGUAUUUAGACAAGUUGAAGAAAACAAAUUCAAAGCUGACGUUAAUUUAAUGUUUCAAUAUUGUGGUUUCUUCAGGAAUGCUGUAACUUUUUUUUUUUGUGUAAAUAAAAUAUAAUAUACUGA